AUGGAAAAUUAUUAUUUAAAAAAAAAAAAAAAAAUAAGAUAUAAAGAAUUAUAUAUAACAACAUUCUUAACUCAUGGGGGAUCAAAUUUAAUUUCUAAACUUAUUAUUUCACCUUUGGAGAGACUUGUAAUUAUUAAACAAACACAACCAGUGUUAUUUAGAAAUGUUUUAGUUCAAUCGUCUUAUACUUACAAAAAUAUAAUAAAAAGUAUUUAUAUAAAUCAAGGUUUGACAUCUUUUUGGUGGGGAUAUAAUGCAAAUGUUUUGAAUUUUUUAUCAUUUAGUUUUUUUAGAUUAUUAUUUCAUGAUAAAAUAAAAUAUAUUCUAUCAUUAGAAAAUAGUAAAAAUGACUUUGUAAAGAAUUUUUUUUUAUUAUAUGCAUCAAGUUGUUUAGCUAUAUCAAUUACAUAUCCGUUAGAUGUAGCUCAUACUUAUAUGACAUUGAAUCAUGAAAAAAUAAAAAAUAAAAAAUUAUACAAUAGAAGUGUUUUUUUUUUUAUAUAUGAUCAACUAUUAAAAAAAGAUAUUAAAAAUUUAUAUUGUGGUUUCAGCUUAUGUCUACUUAAUUUUAUUCCAUAUUUACUGAUAUCAACAAAGUUGAAUGAUUUAUUUACAAAAUAUUUUAUUGAAUUUCAUAUGAAUAGAAACAAUGAUGAAUUAUCAAAUAGUGAAAAAAGAAAUCAUAUAAAUGAAGAAUAUAAAAAAUUAUUUAAUAAAUCUCCUAGUUUUUUUUAUUAUAUUUUUUUAGGAGUUUUAACAGGUUAUACAGCACAAAUAGUAACUUAUCCAUUAGAAACGAUCAGAAAAAAAUAUCAAUACUACAAUUUAUAUGAAAAGAAAUUCCCCAAAUCUUUAAUGCAUUAUAAUUAUCUAAAUCACAAAAAAACAAAACAUAUUUUAAAUAAAAUUUCAAAUAGUUACAAAGGAUUUUUAAUGCAUUCUUUUAAGUUAAUACCUGAAUAUUUUAUAUUUAGUUUUUUUUUUUAUUAUGUUAAAAAUAAUAUGCCAUUAUAA